GAUUUCCACCUAAUGCUCUUCAAUUUCGGUGACGUCGAUUCUUCCCGUUCCUUGAUCUGAGAUUUUGGAAACGUCAUUCCUUUUGUCGGAGAUGAGCUGUCAGAUAGUUGAAUAAUUUCCGUGGCCUUGUUGGCCUUGUACGUCGUUAUCUUCACGAUUUUAGUAUCCAAAUCUUAGCAGUGAAUACAUACUUUGUUGUGCCAGAUAGGUCAAGUUUGUUUACCUGAGAAAUGAAGGAACUGGUGGAAGAAUGAGAGAAUUCGAAGAACAACAUAAGAUACAUCGAAAUCGACCUUCAACGGAGCAAUCUGCGGAGGUUGGAUACCAUCCGCAGUUACUUCUCGAAUACAAAAGAGGAAGUAAGACGGUUGAAUAAAUAAACUACUAAAUCCAAAUAAACGAUUUUGGAGUAAAUAAGAGUGACAUCAGUCAUCCAAUAUUCUACAAAGAUGGGGGCCGAUCCGACCGGAAAUGGACUUGAGAGAGUCACUCACAUUAUGAAACUAGCAAGUGCAUUAUUUUAUGGCUUAGCUUCAUUCCUGAUUACUGUGGUCAACAAAACUGUGCUCACAUCCUAUGGAUUUCCGUCGUUUUUGGUUCUGAGCUUGGGCCAAUUAGCUGCUAGCAUAAUAGUUCUUUUCGUAGGCAAGCGUCUGCGUAUAGUAAAAUUUCCAGAUUUGUCUAAGGACAUCCCGCGGAAGAUCUUCCCAUUGCCAUUAAUUUACCUUGGAAAUAUGAUGUUUGGACUCGGAGGAACGCAAGCUUUAAGCUUGCCAAUGUUUGCUGCUCUCCGUCGUUUCUCCAUCCUAAUGACCAUGAUAUUGGAACUCCGGAUACUUGGAAUACGUCCUACAACUGCAGUUCAAGUCAGCGUCUAUGCCAUGGUUGGAGGUGCUCUCCUAGCCGCCAGUGAUGAUCUUAGUUUUAACUUGCACGGAUAUAUGUUCGUCAUGAUUACCAAUGCCUUGACGGCAGCCAAUGGAGUGUACAUGAAGAAGAAGCUGGAUACUGCCGAUAUGGGCAAAUACGGUUUAAUGUACUAUAACUCGCUGUUUAUGUUCCUUCCAGCCCUUAUUGGGACCUGGCUAUGCGGUGAUUUGGAGAAAGCAUGGGAAUUCACUGCCUGGAAUGAUCCCUUCUUCACCCUGCAGUUUCUACUUUCCUGUGUGAUGGGCUUUAUACUGUCUUACAGCACUAUUCUAUGCACUCAGUAUAAUUCAGCCUUGACAACCACAAUUGUGGGUUGUCUCAAAAAUAUCAGCGUGACCUAUAUCGGCAUGUUCAUCGGUGGGGAUUAUCUCUUCUCCUGGCUCAACGCAAUCGGCAUCAAUAUCAGCGUAGCUGGUUCUCUCCUGUAUACAUACGUAACGUUCCGAAAGAAAUCACCAGCUACAACAUCAUCUUCAGGUUCUGGUGGUCCGAAAUCUGCAGAUCGAGAAGCGCUAUUGCCUCAACAGGGACGAAUCGACAACGUAAAAAUGCUUUUUCGUCUAUUCCGUUGCGGUGCCAUGAACAAAAUAAGGAUACAUACGAGAUACGCUGCCACCGAAGCCCGACUCUCGAAUGCUACCGAAGAACUACGACAGCCUGUGGAUGAAUUUACAAGGGAAUUUCUCAGAAAUCAAGUUAAACUUACUGAUCUUCAGCGAGUGAUAUUAAGUGCAGGAUGUUCCCUUGCCGCACUUAUUAACCCCAGAAGGCAUGACAUGAUAGCCUGUUUGGGAGAAACAACAGGAGUUUCCGCUUUAGAAAACAUCCGGCAACAAAUGAAACAAUCAGAAGAAGGGCAGCAAAUUUUAAAAGAUAAACCAAGGAUAAACACGCAUACAGUCAGCUUGGAAAAAUUGCGUAGUCUUCCGGAAAACUCUUUUGGAUCUCAUUAUGUUCGAUUUCUCGAUCAAUACGAGAUAACUCCAGACUCGCGAAUGGAAGUGCGCUUCAUGGAUGAUCCUGAACUGGCGUAUGUCAUGACGCGGUACAGAGAAGUGCACGAUUUGGUGCAUACCAUUUUCGGAAUGCCCACUAACAUGCUUGGUGAAGUUGCAAUCAAAUGGGUGGAAGCACUUAAUACAGGCCUUCCUAUGUGCUACGGAGGAGCAGUUUUUGGAGCAAUCCGAUUGAGACCCAAACAACGGCAAAACUAUUUGAAAUAUUAUUUGCCAUGGGCUCUACGAAUGGGACAGCAGGUGAAACCAUUAUUGACGGUCUAUUGGGAAAAACGAUGGGAGCAAGACAUCGACGUAUUGCGGUCCGAACUUAACAUUGAAGUGUUGAAAACAGAUUAGGGACAUUCGAAAAAUAACGUUAGGUGACACUAUGCUACUCGUUUUGUUAUGCUAUUUAGAAAUAUACUUUAGUAUUUAUACAGUUUA